UACUGACAGUGUUAUGGUACUAAAAGCACCAGCGUCUGUAACUCUGGACAAUGGGACACAUCGAGAGUUUGCUGAGAAGACUGUGAAGCAAAAACAAAAGUUUUUCCUACUAUUCCUCAUGUGUCCAACACAAAGUUUGCUGUUCGGUUUUCACAGAACUCCUAGAAGCUGAAGUUACACAGGCAUACAGAAGAUACACCUAACCAAAAAAGAUUAUCAAAGCAUGCGAUAUUUUUGUUUGUGACAUCCUGUGUCUUCUGAAGAGUAAGGAAUCAAAAGAGUCAUUACAAUGAAUUGUUGUUUGCUGCUGCCUUUGAUGUUGGGAAUUCCUCUCCUAUGGCCUUGUCUUAAAGCAACAGAAAACUCUCAAGCAAAGAAAGUCGAGCAGCCAGUGGGAUCUCAUUUAAGAAUGAAGCGUGGCUGGGUGUGGAACCAAUUUUUUGUACCAGAGGAAAUGAAUACGACUAGUCAUCACAUUGGCCGGCUCAGAUCUGAUUUAGACAAUGGAAACAAUUCUUUCCAGUACAAGCUUGUGGGAGCUGGAGCUGGAAGUACUUUUGUCAUUGAUGAAAGAACAGGUGACAUAUAUGCCAUACAGAAGCUUGAUAGAGAGGAGCGAUCCCUCUACACCUUAAGAGCCCAGGUAAUAGACAUCACUACUGGAAGGGCUGUGGAACCUGAGUCUGAGUUUGUCAUCAAAGUUUUGGAUAUCAAUGACAAUGAACCAAAAUUCCUAGAUGAACCUUAUGAGGCCAGUGUACCAGAGAUGUCUCCAGAAGGUACAUUAGUUAUGCAGGUGACAGCAAGUGAUGCUGAUGAUUCUUCAAGCGGUAAUAAUGCUCGCCUCCUCUACAGCUUACUACAAGGCCAGCCAUAUUUUUCUGUUGAACCAACAACAGGAGUCAUAAGAAUAUCUUCUAAAAUGGAUAGAGAACUGCAAGAUGAGUAUUGGGUAAUCAUUCAAGCCAAGGACAUGAUUGGUCAGCCAGGAGCACUGUCUGGCACAACGAGUGUAUUGAUUAAACUUUCAGAUGUUAAUGACAAUAAGCCUAUAUUUAAAGAAAGUUUAUACCGCCUGAGUGUCUCUGAAUCUGCACCUACUGGGACUUCCAUAGGAACAAUCAUGGCAUAUGAUAACGACAUAGGAGAGAAUGCAGAAAUGGAGUACAGCAUUGAAGAAGAUGAUUCACAGACAUUUGACAUCAUUACUAAUAAUGAAACUCAAGAAGGAAUUGUUAUAUUAAAAAAGACAGUGGAUUUUGAGCACCAGAACCACUAUGGUAUUAGAGCAAAAGUUAAAAACCAUCAUGUUGAUGAGCAGCUCAUGGAAUACCACACUGAAGCUUCCACCACUUUUAUUAGGAUCCAGGUGGAAGAUGUUGAUGAGCCUCCCCUUUUCCACCUUCCAUAUUAUAUAUUUGAAGUUCUUGAAGAAAACCCACAUGGAUUAUUUGUAGGCAUGGUGUCUGCCACAGACCCAGAUAAUAGGAAAUCUCCUAUCAGGUAUUCUAUUGCUAGAAGCAAAAUGUUCAGUAUUGAUGACAAUGGCACAAUCACUACAGCUAACCCACUGGAUCGGGAAAUCAGUGCCUGGUACAAUCUAAGUAUUACAGCCACAGAAAAAUACAAUAUAGAACAGAUCUCUUCGAUCCCUGUGUAUGUGCAAGUUCUCAAUAUCAAUGAUCAUGCUCCUGAGUUCUCUCAAUACUAUGAGACUUACGUUUGUGAAAACGCAGGCUCUGGUGAGGUAAUUCAGACUAUCAGUGCAGUGGAUAGAGAUGAAUCCAUAGAAGAGCACCAUUUUUACUAUAAUCUAUCGGUAGAAGACACUAACAAUUCAAGUUUUACAAUCAUAGAUAAUCAAGAUAACACAGCUGUCAUUUUGACUAAUAGAACUGGUUUUAACCUACAAGGAGAGCCUGUCUUCUACAUCUCCAUCUUAAUUGCCGACAAUGGAACCCCGUCGCUUACAAGUACAAACACCCUUACUGUCCAUGUCUGUGACUGUGAUGACACUGGGAGCACACAGACCUGCCAGUACCAGGAACUUAUGCUUUCCAUGGGAUUCAAGACAGAAGUCAUAAUUGCUGUUCUCAUUUGCAUUAUGAUAAUAUUUGGGUUUAUUUUUUUGACUUUGGGCUUAAAACAACGAAGGAAACAGAUUCUAUUUCCUGAGAAAAGUGAAGAUUUCAGAGAGAAUAUAUUCCGAUAUGAUGAUGAAGGGGGUGGAGAAGAAGAUACAGAGGCCUUCGAUAUAGCAGAGCUGAGGAGUGGCACCAUAAUGCGGGAACGCAAGACUAGGAAAAGCACCAGCGCGGAGAUCAGGAGCCUGUACCGACAGUCUCUGCAAGUUGGCCCCGACAGUGCCAUAUUCAGGAAGUUCAUUCUGGAAAAGCUCGAAGAAGCUAAUACUGAUCCGUGCGCUCCUCCUUUUGAUUCCCUCCAGACUUACGCUUUUGAGGGAACAGGGUCAUUAGCUGGAUCCCUGAGCUCCUUAGAAUCAGCAGUCUCUGAUCAGGAUGAAGGCUAUGAUUACCUUAACGAGUUGGGACCUCGCUUUAAAAGAUUAGCAUGCAUGUUUGGUUCUGCAGUGCAGUCAAAUAAUUAGGGCUUUUUAACAUCAAAAUUUUUUUAAGUGCUAAUGUGUAUUCAAACCAAAUGGUAGUCUUGGUAAAGAGUUUUGUGUCCUGGCUUUUUGGCCAGGAAAGCCCUAGUCUACAGAGGUUUGUGAUUUCCCUGGAGUAAAUACCCAAUGGUUAUUUUAAGCUACCUACAUGCUGUCAUCGAACAGAGAUGUGGGAAGAGAUGUAAACAACCAACUCACGCAACAGUACAAGCCAGCUCUAGCAUAUGACCAAAAUAUUCCUCUAUUAUUUUUCAAUGUCAUCUAAUGCAAAUGUUCAAAAUUUUUAAAUGGUAAAUGUGAGAAAGGCACUGAAUUAUCUUAGUGUUGUUUUAUUUACCCAAUUUUCUUCCUUCACAGUGUAAGAAUAACAUGUUUAUGUGGCUAAGUUCCUGAUACUAUAUGGAGAUGAACUUUAACACCUAGGAUAAUGUGGGUGAUUACAUGUUUGAAAACAUUUAACUUAUAUGAAAAGCAGGCUUCUGGCUAACAUUCCAUGGUUCAUUCUAGUUUGAUAUUUUAAAACCUUUACCAAGAGCACUCUGGAAAACUGAUUUCAGAUUUAAACAGAUACUUGGUAUAUAUUAAUUAAUCAGAGUUAUAUAGUAUAAAUUUGUAUUUUUUUAUAUUACAACUUUGUAUAAAAAGGGAAAAUAUAUUUAGGAGUUUGUCAUAGAUUAUCUUCAUAUGCAACUCAGAACACAUUCUUAUCAUGACAAAAUAAAAUAGCACAAUACGAGUCAAUAUUUACUCAUAAUUAAAUGCAAAAUUUAUGAAAUUGGUGGAAAGUGUGGAAAAAAUGAGGUGACUUUUUAUACCUACUAAAAAUGAUUUAGACAAGUUAAAGGAAUACUGGAUUCAUACUUCAAUUACUAUUAACUCUAUUAUGAUCAACUGAAUUGACUGUUACAAGUAAAAGAAUAAAACAUCACUCAAUUCUCAGUAUUUCCUUUUCUGUUAAGAGCUCAGAAAAUGACUGAUGCUUCAGUGUCAUUUUUAUAUUUCUGAAUAUAAAAUUAGGUGCUAUAGAUGUGUUUAUUGUAGCCUUAAGGAAAUCAAUGCUAAGCUGUUGGGCAUACAGCUUUAUGGUAACAUUAGAUAACAAGAUAAUAAAACACUUUAAUUUUAAUCGACCUUUUAAGAAUGAUCUUUAUUAUUAUAUCGAAAUCAAGGUGGACUUCAAAAUUUAUAGUUUGAACAAGAAGAGAGUGUUAAAUACAAAGUUCUUAAAAUUGAUUCAUAUGAUCAAUUUUUUAUUAAUAGCAUGUGAAACUGAGCUGAACCAAAUUGGCCAUAUGUGUUUAAAUCAAAUAAUUUGAGUAAUUUUGAACUAUGGAUGGAGUAGUUACAUGGUUAUAUUUUUUCUUGGUACUUUGAAAUUUAAACAUCUAUAUCACAUGAUAAAGAAAGUUUUUCAUCAAUCUGAAACAGGCAUCAUUAGGUUGGUGACACAAAUAUGAUCACUUCACAAAAGCAUGACAAAAUCAGAUUUCAAGUAAAAUAAUUUAGGAAGAUUUUAAAAGUAGAUGAGAACACAUAAGAUGUAGUUAACCCUUAUGCAUUGACAUCAUUAUUUACUUUGGAAAGAGUAAAAAUACCAAACAAGAGAAAAUUUAAAAGAGCAAAAAUUUGCAAGUCAAAUAGAAAUGUACAAAUUGAAAGAACAUUUAUAUUUCUAUCAUAUUGACAUGAAAAUUGAAAAUGUAAAAAAGAAUGCUGAGUGUUCUUGGCAGAAAACUAGAAAUUAUGAUACACAACAGAUGGAGUAAUCCGUGGAAUAUAGACUAUUAAAAGGAAAUAAGACUUUCUGGGGAUCACAGAACUUUUAUAUGAAUAAAAGUCUUAUAAACAAUGAAUAAAUUUGGAUGAACAACUCAUUAAAAUGCAUAUUAAUGGAAUACCUAUACAAAUAGUUUUAACAUUUGUGUCCAGUGACAGGAAAAAGAUAUAUUAAUCUAGAUCCUGGUUGAGUUGAUGAUAAGAUUGCCAAUCAUAAGAUACACAGGAAAAGCACAGACACAAUUUCACAUCUGUUUGGUAGUCUAAAAUAUGUUCCUUUUAACCACAUCAAAAGAUACUGAUUUUAGUAGAGAAGUUGCAACUUUCUAGAAAUUAUACCUUGUAAUAUUUUCAAGAACUAUUUUAUGUUUUUUCCAGUCACAUGAGUGUUGCAAGAACACACCUCUUAAGCUAACAGCAUUACAUUAAGAAUUUACUUUUGUAAACUUUAAUAAAGUCUAAAAUAUUUAUGAAAAUAGCACAGCUUCCCAGUAAUACCCACAGUACUUAAUUAUCCCCCUCAGUUUGACUCACAGCUUUGUAUGUAAGCUUUAAAUUGUUAAUGUUAAAUAUAAGAAAAUUAAGACCAGUGCUUGUGCGUGAGCCUAACAGACCUGUGUUUAAAUUAGUUGCUUUCAAUUAAACGAACAUAUAAUAUUUGCUAAACUUAUUAGUCUUUCCAGACCUCACUUUGUAAUCUGUAAAAUGAGGUUCAACCAACCUAUUUCACAUGGUUGUUAUGAAGAAUUAAUAAUAAGAUAACGUAAAACCAGCAGCACCAACAGUGCCUGACAAAAUGUAACUGCUCAAUAAACAACAAUGGACUAUUAUAACAACACCUGAUGUUAUUCUGUUGGAACACAUGGUCUGUUUCUUUCCCAACUCUGGGUGAUCUCCACAGCACAAUGACAAUAAAAAUUAACUUCCUCACAUUCCCCAUAAGUCAUGAACUUUCCCAUCCCUACUUACUUCUGCAGUUUCUCCCUUUUCCUCUCUCCACCUCAGUUACUAAAGCAGUCUUCCUUUAGACACUUCUAUGUUCUGUUACCUCACUUCAUUCAGGUCUGUGAUCAGCUGCAACUUCCUUAGAAAGACCACUGCGGCUUCCAGCGACUCUGGCUUUGUCUUGCUUUGUAUUAAAUUACUCAGCUACCUGGUAUUAUUGUUGUCUUUAUUCCUUAUUCAAUUAUAACCUUCAGUGGGCAGGAAAUUGUCAGUUUUGUUCCUUUCUCAUUUUCCAAAAUGUUUAUACCACAUAGAAAGUGACCAAUAAAUAUUUCUGGAAUGAAUGUA